UAUCCAAACUGCGCACACCUACCAACGCAUUUUAGAGUAAUGUUUACUGCCCUUUCUCGUGUUACAUUCCUAUCUCCUCUUCACCUUUAAUUGUAGGCCUUCAGCAGGACUCGGGAGUGGCUUUUGGCGACCUCAGGGUGCGCCCUGAGCGGAGCUACGCAAUGAUCGCGGGUGAGCGCAUAGGUGCUAUCUGGAACAAUGGGUGUGUAGAGACGGAGCAGACAAAAGAAUCAAAGACGGACCUCUUUUAGAUUUGUUGUGUGGAUUUUUAGAAAAAUAAAAAGAUGACUAUGCGAGUUAGACCCGGUUAUUACCGCCAGGAAGUCAACAAAACCUCGUGGGAAGUACCGGAGCGGUACCGCGAUCUGAAGCAGGUGGGCACCGGGGCGUACGGGACGGUGUGCUCAGCUCUGGACUCCAGAACAGGAGCCAAGGUGGCCAUCAAGAAGCUCUACAGACCUUUCCAGUCUGAGAUCUUUGCUAAGCGGGCCUACAGGGAGCUGAGGCUGCUCAAGCACAUGAAACACGAGAAUGUGAUCGGCCUGGUAGAUGUGUUUACUGCUGACCUCUCUCUGGACAGAUUCCAUGAUUUCUAUCUGGUGAUGCCAUUCAUGGGCACAGACCUGGGGAAGCUGAUGAAGCUGCAGAGACUCUCAGAGGAAAAAAUUCAGUAUUUGGUGUAUCAGAUGCUCAAAGGGCUUAAGUAUAUUCAUUCUUCUGGAAUAAUCCACAGGGACCUCAAACCAGGAAAUCUCGCCAUCAACCAAGACUGUGAGCUCAAGAUCUUAGACUUCGGUUUGGCUCGGCAGGCAGACAGCGAGAUGACGGGGUACGUGGUGACUCGCUGGUACAGAGCGCCGGAGGUCAUCCUGAGCUGGAUGCACUACACUCAGACGGUGGACAUUUGGUCAGUGGGCUGCAUCAUGGCAGAGAUGCUUCAAGGAAAACCUCUCCUUAAAGGCAGCGACCACCUCGAUCAGCUGACUGAGAUCAUGAAGCUCACAGGAACACCAACUCAGGAAUUCAUAUCAAAACUAGAUUCCGAGGAUGCCAAAAGUUACAUCAAAAGUCUUCCAAAAGUGGAAAAGAAGGACCUUCAGAAGGUGUUUUCCAACGCUAAUCCACAAGCCGUGGCUGUGAUGGAGCGUAUGUUACUGCUGGAUCCGGAGAGACGAGUAAAUGCUGCAGAGGCUCUGGCGCUGCCUUACUUCUCCGAGUUUAGAGAACCAGAGGAGGAGACGGAAGCGCAGCCAUACGACCACUCGCUAGACAACGCCGAUCUGACCCUGGACCAGUGGAAACGUCACACCUUCACAGAGAUCUUGACUUUCAAGCCUGUUUUGCUGGAAUCCAAGGAAACCUCACUGUGAGACACAAAGAGAUGACUGUGCAGCCUGGGACCAGAACAAACCAACAACUCUUGUUAUGUCCACUCCAACUGGGAGCAGUCUUUGAUCACGAGGCUUAAUGAACGUCCACCGAUGCUGCUCUCUCUCAGCACUUCCACACAAAGCCGACGAUGAUCUGUUAGCUCACCAUGAGUCCAGAUCAGAGGUAUUUGGACAGCUACACUUUUUUGUUGUUGUAAAAUAAUGGAUACUAAUUUCAAAUUCUCAGCUUUCAUUUGAUAUGGUUUGAAUCAGUAUAGUAAGAAACUGUGCGCUCUUGUAAGACUUUGCGUCCAGAUGAUUAAAGGGGUUCAGACGUAGCUGGAUAGAUUUGUACGAAGAACAUUUGUGGAAAAUUGUUUGCUGUCAGUGACCAUCUGAAGACUCACAGACUUCAGUAGACACUUUGAAUCCUCCCAGAUAAUGCCCUCCCACAUUUUUGUGGCAGCCACCUUCAUCUUUUUCUUGUUGGGGGGUCUUCAGGGAGUGGAUUCCAGCACAUUUGGAUUGACACCAGCUGAUUGACCCAUUCAGUUGAGGAUAACCUCAGAGGAUUCAUCUUCAUUACAGACAAGAAAACAUCUUGGAGAACAUUCUUGACUUCCUACACACUCAUAAAAGGGCUUUUCUGCACCAUGUAACUAAUUGCUUGAUCAUCUGCAAGACUUGUGCGCAUCAGUCAACGAGGACAUUUGCUAUGUUCUGGCUUUCCUGUGUGCACAUGUAGUACCCAACUGCUGGCAAACAAACUACAUUUCAUAUCCUGUGAUGGAUUUUAUUGAGUGUCUUUGCUCCUCAUACUGAUGAAAAACUUCAACUCAGUCCUUAAUAACACACAGCUGCCCAGCAAACACUUAGCAACCAAGUGGCCAAUUACUUUUGAACCCUUGUAAUUUAGGCAGUGUUGAAAGGGCUACAUCUCACCCUCAGUUGUUCCAAUAUUAUUAUAAAGCUAAGCACAAACCCAACCAAAUUAAAGCUGCGACUUGGUAUUUUUUAUGGUAGUAUUGAUUCAUUUACUUCAGAUUUCAGUCUGCUGAAGCACAGACUCUAAACGAUGAAAAAAAGUUUAACUGUCCAAAUACUUUUGUCUGAACUGUAUGCAUGACUGAUGUCAAGAAUAACAUAUUUUGAUUGGUGUCCCUGAAAUCAACGGAUUACAUUCAAAAUUGGUGUUAUUGUUUUAGUUGUUUAUCUUAGUUAAAAAAUUAAGAUUAAUUUCUGUUUGAGUGGUACGUGUAUUAUUUGUAGCGUCCAUUACUCCCUACCAGCUGGUUUUAGGUACAAAUCAAGACACCGAUGCUGAAAUUCUUUUGCAAUCCGAUGACAAUCAUUGCUUAUUCAAUGCAUCAUUUAAAGGUGACAGGGCCACGAUAAUGCAUCAGGCUGCGGAGAAUUACUUUGAUUGACGGUAGUUCUAUUUUAAUUUGUAAAUUUCCCCAUCAGCGACAACUCUCUCUCUGUCUAGGAGACAUUUGAUUUGAACUGUGGGGACAGUUGUUUCUGUGUGAAUGUUUGUGUGUCGUCUGCAGCUGUGACCUUGAUGUUCCUCCCAGUGGCCUUAGAGAUAACGACCAAAUAGAAACACUGCUGAGCUGCUGAUCGUCUGAAAUCCCUCAGCAGGGUGUGCACAAACAUUCACGUUUUGAUUUCAAACAUAGGUGUUACUGAUUACUUUGGAUUUUGUGAAAUGGAAAAAACACGUUUUCCACAGUGAUUCGUUAAUUCUUGUUUCUUGCACCACUGAUGAAUCUUUAAUAUUAAAGAUUCACUUGAUAAACGA